CAUCUGGGAUUUGUCCUUCCUGUUCCUCCCAUUCCUAUCUCCGUCCUCUCCCGUCAUGUCUUCCCUUGUCUCUCGAAUACUAUUACCAUAGACCCGGCCAUUGCAGAUUGCGUGAGACUGACAGAUUAAACUUCGCCCACCCGCACCACAACUGCCAACUCAAUGGACGAGGAAUCGAGGCCCGCUGCGUGUCCUGAGCCUCCACCGCUCCCAUACUCCUUGCGCUCGAGGAAGAAGUCCAUCGCUAUCUUCUGGACAAUCUUCGUGAUUGAUACUCUGGCCCAACCGCUCGUCCUCUACUGGGCGCUCUGGUACGCCACUGAUCUUUCGCAUAAUCUGGUAUUCAGUAUUGUGACGGCUUCGUUAGGAGGUGUAUCGGUAUUUGAAUACUUCUAUCGUCUCUACAAUUUGUUCCGGAAAGACUCGCGAGCCCGGCCAUUGAACGCUAGGAAGGGAUGGCUGGAUUUCUUCCAUAUCAAUUUCACCAUCGUCUGGUUGAUACUGGCGAUUGAGCUGAUUGUAGGAACCGUUCCAGAAGAACCAUAUGUCCGACUAGUCGCCAUGGUCCUUCCGACGGUGAUGUUUUACUUCGGUAGCAUGUACCUCGCACUCGACAUCCUUCGUGUUUGUGGUGUUAAGGCGCCUUUCCGGAUCUCAUCAACACCCAAAGGCUCGACAAUGCCGACCGCCCUGUAUGUUUUGAUCGAGGAUGUAGUGGCAGUUGAUGGGGGUGGUGGUCAGAUCUACCGAUAUGCGCUUCGCACCCGAUACCUAUCUAGCCCGUACUUCCGGCGUAUGCUGUUCCAGAUGAACUGUUUCUGGGCUGGGGGAUCUAUCGUUGUCGCUGCCGCCAUUACGGCAAUUAUAUUCACUGUUUCAGAGCCAGUUGCAUACACUCUAGGAUGGUCGUUACCGUUCGCAUGGGCCGGCCUCUGGACGUUGGUCACGAUACCUUGGGUCCAAAGCGAUCUUCGGCGCGAGAAAAAGGCUUGGGCAGAAAACCGGGGCCAGGGAGGUAUCCCGUACACCGACGACCCUGAUGCGCCCAGUGGUGGUCGGACCAGGCUUGAGGCGAUGCAGGAUCAUCUGCCAAGUUUCGUGCCUUGGUUCCGAGAGAAGCAGGCUCCCCCGUCUACACCGAGUGAUCAUUGAGGUAUGCCGAAAGCCGCAGGGCCUUACCCGCCGCGACGCUACCAGACCGCUGAGUGAUGAGAUAAGGAAAUUGAAGAAAAUUUUGAUGAUGGAAUGUUUACGACGGCUUGAGCCACUGUACUAUAUACACCGAUACCCUGCUUGUUCCCACUUUCAUACAUGAUCUGUUAUGCUGUCUGGCCUGUGUUUGGAGACUGCAUAGCCAUCACACACUCCUUGAUCCUGUCGAUAACAACAUGUCUCCCAGGGUUGUUGAUUUCGCAUUGGCAUCACUUCUGCAGCUAGCAUAGAUAGAUAUGAUACUUCGUACCAAUUCAA